AUGACUUCGCCCAGUCUUUUACCAUCGGAGAAAGUCCACUAUGAUCCGAUUGAGGACUUGAAUUUGAUUUUCGGUCAUCCCUCGACUGUUUCCUCUAUUUCUCGAGUUCUCCACACCGUCCAGCGACACAAUGAUACUCUCUCCGCCGAUAUCUCCACGUUGGAGCUUGUCCAAGCCUACGGAUCGGAUUCGAGCCUUGAGAGGAUGCAAACGGCCCAACAGGACCUUGCAAAGCUCUUCGCCAAGAUCGAAGAUGUUCGGAUUCGGGCGACCGAAACCGAGAAAAGCAUCACCUCGAUGACUGCAGACAUAAAACGCCUUGAUGGAACGAAACGAAACCUUACGAGAAGCAUGACUGCCCUCAAACGGCUCCAAAUGCUGACCACGGCAUAUGAGCAGCUGAGGGUGCUGGCAAAGAGCCGACAGUAUCGGGAAUGUGCCGGACUUCUCCAAGCCGUCAUACAGCUUAUGAAACACUUCAAUAGCUACCGCAGCAUCGAACAGAUAGCAACCCUUAGCCGGGGAGUAUCUGAUCUUCAGCGUGAGCUACUGGAGCAAGUGUGUGAGGACUUUGAACUCGCCUUUGCGAAGGGAGAAACCUCUGCUCAAAAAACUACUCUUAUAGAGGCUUGCCUUGUUAUGGAUGCCCUCGGUGAAACGGCACGCUCCCGGCUAUUGGCUUGGUAUGUCAAUACUGAGCUUCGGGAAUAUCGCCAGGUGUUUAGGGGUAAUGAUGAGGCUGGUAGCCUCGACAAUAUUGGGCGUCGCUACGCAUGGUUCAAGCGCAUGAUGAAAACACAUGAGGAUGACCAUGCGGCUAUAUUUCCACCUCAUUGGCGCGCCAAUGAACUACUGGCCACGGCCUUUUGUGACGGGACCAGAGACGAUUUCCGGGGAAUUCUGGAGAAGAGGAUGCGGCGAGCCGAUGGUAGCAAUAUCGAUGUUAAUCUGUUACUAAAUUGCCUCCAGGAAACACUGGACUUCGAGCAGACCCUCGAUCGGCGGUUCGCGACCGGUCCACGAGCCAGCAUUGAUACCCUAAGUUCCAUUGAAGAUCGGGCGCAAAGCUAUAGCGGCUCAAUCUCGGUAGCCUUCGAGCCCUACCUGAACCUAUGGGUAGAGUCUCAGGAUAAGCAGCUUGCAGCGAUGAUACCAAAGUAUAGGAAUCAGCCUUUAACGCCCCCGGACGAGGACUUUUCUCCCCAGGCCGUCAUAACGUCAGCCAUUGAGCUUUUCCACUUCUACAAAGUGACGUUGUCACAAUGCGCAAAACUAUCAACCAGCGACCGGCUAUUGGAUCUUUCAAAAAUCUUGGCAAAGUAUCUCGACGAAUACGCUGAGCAAGUCCUCCUCCAUUUGCUCCAAGCGCCAGGGCAACAAGGUCCCUCACUGCAAGAUGUCAUUCUCGUUCUGAACACGGCCGAUUUCUGGCACAUCAACACAAAUCAACUCGAGGAAAAUAUCAAGAAGCGGAUUGAUCCAGAGUUGGCCUCCAAGGUAGAUCUCUCAUCCCAGUCGGAUGCCUUUCUGGGUGUGGCAAGCGCCGCUGUCCUGGCUUUAGUCCGGGACGUUACCAGAGACUGUGAUCCGGCCUGGCGGGAAAUGAGGAAUACCAAUUGGAGCACCAUGGAGAGCGUAGGAGACCAAAGUUCCUACGUCGGCGAGCUCCUAAAACACGUGAACGCCAAGGUCAAGCAGAUUCUUUCUGUUAUUCAUAAGUCUCAGUAUGCUCGCGCGUUCUGUGACAAUCUCGUUGAACAUAUUGCGAUGUCUUAUAUAAACAACAUAGUCCAGUGCCGGCCGAUAUCUGAAGUCGGUGCCGAGCAGAUGCUUUUGGACAAAUAUGUACUUACCAAAGCCUUCGAAAAUUUUCUCGCUCAUCACAACCCGUCAUCCGAACCGCAUCCUACCACAGGCGGGUUUGUAAAACGAGUAAACCAGGUCAUGGGCCGUAUGGACCCGCUCCUCAAGACGUUGCAAGUCCGGCCCACACCGCCAGAGGGUUUAGUCCAAGCGUAUCUCAUUCACAUUGGCGACCGAUCGGAGACGAAUUUUAGAAAGAUAUUAGACAUGAAAGGGGUAAGGAAACACGAGCAACCGCAUCUACUGGAGCUCUACGCGGUCCACAGGGAUAGCACAUCCAGCGCGAAGCUCGUGUCAAGCUCACCACUCUUGGCUUCACUCGUGCCGGCAGCUGGAGCUGCGGGUACUGGCAUUGGGUCGAUCAAUACUACCGCCAUCCUUACGGGACCUAGCCUCCAGGCGAAAUUCGACGCAGGCUCCUUGGGUGAAAAACUACUUAACGCUGCAAGGGAAAUGGGUACCAGCGCUUCGGACAAAUCGGGCCAAGGUGUCCCCGAAAAGGCAACUAUCAACGAGAACCUAAGAAGUUUCGGUAACUUUUUCAAGCGAGAUAUUGGUGGAUUAGGGGCCAGAUUUGGGAAGCGGGACGGCAGUGUCGGCGCAAGCAGCGAAGACAGGCGAUAG